AUGUUUCGAAAUAUUGAUACAGCAAGUGACAUAUCAGAAGCAGUAUUUUCAAUGGAAGAUUUACAAAUACGACCCAAACGAUUGAUUGAUAUUCUCCACCCCAUUCUAAGCCCAUGGGAAUCAAAAUCUGUAUCGGAUAAAGGAUCUUCAGAGAAUUUGAAUAUCAAAAAUAUUUUCAAGCACCUCAUUACAAAUGCUUCUGCUUUAAUGCCGCAACUCACUUCUAUAAAUGAAAACGUGACUAUAGCACAUAAAUCAGGAGGCAAUUUCACCAGACGAAAGAAAAACUAUGGAAUUCAUGAUAUCAUUAUAGCCUACGGAAAAUAA